UUAAUGAAGAAAAAUAUUACUGGCAGUAGCAAUCAAACCUUUCUUACCAGGAACUUUGAUUUGGUUUUGUGCCCAAAAUAUCCUGUUAUUUUUGUGAGAUAGGAGGUUUGUAUUAUAGAUUGAUGAAUAAUUUAUUUUCUAUAUAUUGGACACUUUUUGUUCUGUUUCUUACAUAGCAUGUCACUUAAAUGAUACCUUCUCUUCCUCCAUACCUGAAUGAUUUUGGAAGUUCUGAGCAUUUGGUGGCAUUAGGCAUAUAAAAGAAGAACUUUAUUAAGGGAAAAUAUGUUUCCUUUUGUUUUUCUAAUGGAAAGCAGUAUAUUUUUUUUUGUAAGAGUUUUGGUAGUGCAGGGAUGGAGAUGAUGACCUGGAAGAAAGUGAAGACAGUAAACAAGGUAAAGAAAGCUGGAAAAGAGUGACCUUUGCUUCACCGGAUGAUGAGGCAACUGAAGAUGCAGGUGUUUUAAAUGUAAAGAAAAAUUCUGAUGAAGAUAAAUCCUCUUUUCAAAAAAGACAGGAAAAGGUAGUUAGGAAUUUGAGGAAUUUUUAAUAUGCUUGACAUGAUUGUGGAACUCACAGACUACUAACAAAUCUUCUCUAUUUUUCUUUUUUUUUUUUUUUUUGAGAUGGAGUCUUGCUCUAUCACCCAGGCUGGAGUGCAAUGGCACGAUCUUGGCUCACUGCAGCCUCCGCCUCCUGAUUUCAAGUGAUUCUCCUUCAGCCUCUUGAGUAGCUGAGAUUAGAGGUGCAUGCCACCAAGCCUGGCUAAUUUUUAUAUUUUUAGAAGACAAGGGGUUUCACCGUGUUGGCCAGGCUGGUCUUGAACUCCUGACCUCAGGUGAUCCUCCUGCCUUGGCCUCCCAAAGUGCUGAGGAUACAGGUGUGAGCCACUGUGCCCCAGCCUUCCCUAUUUUUCUUGUGGUAACUAGUAACCAUCCUUUGAAAACAAAUAUGUUGGCCAGGUGUGGUGGCUUACACCUGUAAUCCUAGCAUUUUGGUAGUCUGAAGCAGGAGGAUCGCUUGAGCUCAGGAGUUCAAGACCAGCCUGGGCAACAUAGUGAGAACUUGUCUCUACAAAAAAUACAAAAAUUAGUGGGACACGGUGGUGUAUGCCUGUAGUCCAGCUACUCAGGUAGCUGAGGCAGGAGGAUCACUUCAGCCCAGGAGUUCAGUGCUGCAGUGAGCUAUGAUCACAUCACUCUCUCCAGCCUGGGUGGUGGAGCAAGAUCCUGUCUUCAAACAAACAAAGAAACAGAAAACUGAAAAUCUUGCUGCUACUCUCUAAUGCAAAAGCACAGUAUAUAGAGUUGCCAUAUGGAAAGCAUGUGAUUUGCAAAAAUCAGUGCCCGCAUUACCCAGCCUAUAGCUUUCAUCUUGGGGCCUGUGUGUAAAAUGAUUGUUUCUUUUCUGUCUCCCUUAUGUCUUUAUAUGCAUAGCAUAUCUCUCCUGACAAAGCUGUCCUGAGAACCUCUUCUUGUAACUGUUUUGACUGCUCCGGAGGAUGCCGCCUACGUCUUUAAGAUGAAUGACAAAAAUUACAUCUUUAGAAAAAGAGUUGUUAGAAAAAAGCCUUGGCUGCGUGUGGGGGAAGUGACAACACAGAAGAGACCAGAGAAGAGCCUCCUGGAGGAGAGCUGCGCUUUGACCAUGCUGUCCGGAUGGGUGUGGUGCACUCUUCUGCAGUGUUCACUUCUAUGCUUUUUCUAUGGUCCCAUUUCAUAGAAAGAUUUGGGGUGAUGUUUCUUUCCCUCAACUUUUUAUUUUAAAAACUUGCAAACACAGAAAAGUUGAUAAAAUCAUGCAGUGAACAUAUGUAUGCUAUUCAACUGGAUUCACUAGUUAACGUUUUGUCAUAUUUGUUUUCUCUCUUCCACGUAUGGAAGAUUGUAUAUGUGCCCUUCUUCCCCCUGAAUGAUUUCAAAGUAAGUUGGCAGUAUCAGAGCAUUUCACUGUUAAGUACUUUUGCAGAUAUCAUCUAAGAACCAGGACAUUCUCCUAUAUAAUCACAAUGCCAUUAAUCCACCCAAAAAUUUUAACAUCAAUACACUAAUGAUAUCUAAUGUAUGGAUUAUAAUCAGCUUUCUGGCAGUAAUCUGUUUAGAAGGCUUGCAUCCUGUCACUGUCCACCGAUUAAAUUUUGAACUCUAACUUGAAACCCUGGUCAUCUCAUUGCCUUCUUUCUUAUACCCAUUAAAUCCAAAGGAGCUCUCAUUUUAUUUCUACAGAAAAGAGAAUGGAAAAGAGGGGAAGAGUCCCUAGUACCUUGGAUAAAGUAUGAGCACUUACUACCAUAUGUAUUCUAGUUCUGUAGUUUUCAAACUUCAGGGAGCAUCUCAAGGCUUAUUAAAGCACAGAUAGCUGUCCUUCCCCACUCUCUGAUUCAGGAGGUGUGAGGCUGGCCCAGGAAUUUGCAUGUCUAACAAGUUCCCACAUGUUGCUGAUGCUGAGGGUCUAAGGAAUACAAUGCGUGAACCCGUGGUUUAGUGGAUAUCCACCUAAUGAAUACAUGUUGUAUUUCCUUUUGCACCUGUGAUUACAGAGGAAACACCUUUCAACUGGAAGAUAUCAUUAAACAGAGGAUAACAGAUCAGUUGAGAGACCAUCAUGCCCAGACCAACCCUAGUGUUGGUGCAGGAGCAAGCGACACCAAAAAGAAGAAAAUAAAUAAUGGCACUAACUCUGAGACAACCACUUCUGAUGGUUGCCACUCACCUGAGGAUGAAAAGAAGGCAAACCACCAACAUCAGGAAGCUCUAAGGAGGGAGCUAGAGGCCCAGGUUCAUACCAUACGAAUCCUUACAUGUCAGAAAACCGAGCUUCAGACGGCACUCUAUUACAGCCAGCAAGCUGUCAAACAGUUGGAAGGAGAGGCCAGGGAUCUGAUCGGCCGCCUGCAUGAUUCAUGGAAGUUUGCAGGAGAGUUAGAGCAGGCUCUCUCUGCCGUCACUACACAGAAGGAGAAGGCGGAUAAGUACAUCGAGGAGUUAACAAAGGAGAGGGACACCCUGAGUCUGGAACUGUACAGGAACACCAUAACCGAUGAGGAGCUGAAGGAGAAAAAUGCCGAAAUACAAGAAAAACUUCGACUUGUAGAAUCUGAAAAGUCUGAGAUCCAGCUCAACGUAAAGGAGCUAAAAAGGAAGCUGGAGAGGGCCAAGCUCCUGCUGCCACAGCAGCAGCUGCAGGCGGAGGCUGACCACCUGGGUAAGGAGCUGCAGAGUGUGUCAGCAAAGCUCCAAGCCCAGGUGGAAGAGAACGAGUUGUGGAACCGCCUGAACCAGCAACAGGAGGAGAAGAUGUGGAGCCAGGAGGAGAAGAUACGGGAGCGGGAGGAGAAGAUACGGGAGCGGGAGGAGAAGAUACAAGAGCAGGAGGAGAAGAUACGGGAGCAGGAGGAGAAGAUGCGGAGGCAGGAGGAGAUGAUGCGAGAGAAGGAGGAGAAGAUACGGGAGCUGGAGGAGAAGAUACAUGAGCAGGAAAAGAUAUGGGAGGAGGAGGAGAAGAGGCAGGAGCAGGAGAAGAUAUGCGAGCAGGAGAAGAGGCAGGAGCAGGAGGAGAAGAUGUGGAGGCAGGAGGAGAAGAUACACAAGCAGGAGGAGAAGAUACAGGAGCAGGAGGAGAAGAUGUGGAGGCAGGAGGAGAAGAUGCAUGAGCAGGAGAAGAUAUGGGAGGAGGAGAAGAGGCAGGAGCAGGAGGAGAAGAUGUGGAGGCAGGAGGAGAAGAUACGGGAGCAGGAGGAGAUGUGGAGGCAGAAGGAGAAGAUGCACCAGCAGGAGGAGAAGAUACGGGAGCAGGAGGAGAAGAUGUGGAGGCAGGAGGAGAAGAUAUGGGAGCAGGAGAAGAAGAUGUGGAGGCAGGAGGAGAAGAUACGGGAGCAGGAGGAGAAGAUGGGGAGGCAGGAGGAGAAGAUACGGGAGCAGGAAGAGAAGAUGCACGAGCAGGAGGAGAAGAUGUGGAGGCAGGAGGAGAAGAUGCACGAGCAGGAGAAGAUACGGGAGGAGGAGAAGAGGCAGGAGCAGGAGGAGAAGAUAUGGAGGCAGGAGGAGAAGAUACGGGAGCAGGAGAAGAUGUGGAGGCAGAAGGAGAAGAUGCACGAGCAGGAGGAAAAGAUACGGGAGCAGGAGGAGAAGAUGUGGAGGCAGGAGGAGAAGGUGCGGAAGCAGAAAGAUAUGAUGCGAGAGCAGGAGGAGAAGAUACGUGAGCAGGAGGAGAUGAUGCAGGAACAGGAGGAGAAGAUGCGGAGGCAGGAGGAGAAGAUGUGGGAGCAGGAAGUGAGGCUGCGGCACCAGGAGGAGAAGAUGCAGGAACUGGAGGAGCACCUGGAAGCUGCCAUCUACCGAGCAGAUGACAAGAACGCACAAACAAUAAACAUGUAAAAGCCGGCAGCAAGGCCUGGAGAAGAGUAAGCUGCCACGUGACUGUUUAGAAUAGAGUCUGAGCACAAACCUGAAAAAAAACAUUUAUUUAUUUUAAAUUGUGGCAAAAUACUAGCCAGGCACGGUGGCUCAUGCCUGUAAUCCCAGCAACUUGGGAGACCGAGGUGAAUGGAUGACCUGAGGUUAGGGGUUCAAGACCAGCCUGGCCAAUACAAAAAUUAGCCGGGCAUGGUGGCGCGUGCCUGUAAUCCCAGCUACUUGGGAGGCUGAGGCAGGAGAAUCGCUUGAACCUGCGAGGCAGACGUUGCAGUGAGCUGAGAUCGUGCCACUGCACUCAAGCCUGGGUGACAGAGCGAGACUCCGUCUCAAAAAAAAAAAAAAAGUUCUUCCUUACAUGUAUGUUUCUAUUGUGUUUUUUCUUGGUCUUUCUCGUUUAGUCUUGUGUUGUCUUAUGGCAUUCCUAAUAAACUUUGUUCUGCCUCCAGAG